AUGAUUAAACAACAGCAACCACAACUUAAGGCACAAAGCACCCAGGUCCCUCAGACCAUUACAUACGCCAUAUAUGCAUAUAAUUCAAAGACGGCAGAACAAACGCAAAGGUUGAAAUAUGGAGAUUUGGAAAUAGUAUUGAAAAAUGACCAUUUCGAAUUCGUUUGCAAGGGUGGUGCAGUGAUAUCAAAUAUAAAAGAAAUUUUAUUUAUGAAUUCUAAAAUUAAAGGUAUAACGGAUGAUAUAACAUCAAUUCCACCAGAAGAACAAAGAUAUUACGCAUUAAAUGCAUUUCCUAAAGUUUUGAAGAUUGGAAGAUUUAAUUUAAAUGAGGAAUUCAUAAAAGGUUUCCUAAAUGACAUAAUGAAGAAAGCAGAUAAGGAAUAUGUGGUUAGUGAGUUAGAGGAGAAGGUAGAUAAGGGACUUAUGGCUAGUGAAUUAAUGAAGAAGGCAGAUAAGGAAUAUGUUAAUGAAAAAGAUAAUGAAAUUAAAGAAAGGGUUGAAUGGUAUCAUGAAUGGACAUCAAAGAUUUUAAAAACUAAAGCCGAUACAGGAUGGGUUUCAGGAUGUUUAGACCUUAAAGCGGAUAAGGAAUAUGUUGACGAUGAGUUAGAGAAGAAAGCGGAUAAGGAAUAUGUUAACGAUGAGUUAGAGAAGAAAGCAGAUAAAACUUAUGUUAAUGAAGAAAUAAAACAAUCAGAGGUCUAUUUUACUCCGCCAUUUUUAAAUUUUAUGAAAUCAUCAGAUAAAACCUUUGAUAUAGAUUCUUUUGAAUGGAUAUGUUUCGAUGGAGUGACCAUGUAUUUAUUUUAUACAGCUGGAGUGCUUUAUUAUUUUAAAACAAAUGAUUUUAAAAACUAUGAAUCAUUUACUCCAUCUGUUUGGAAUCCUGAUACACGAAAGCCAAUCAUUAAUCCAAGAAUUUUAUAUGUUGAAUAUAAUAACGGUAAAUUUAUGGGAAUGAUAACGGUUGGAGAUGAUUUUUGCCCUUGUUAUUCAUUCGAUUGUAUCCAAUGGUUCAAAUGUAAUUUAAAUCAAGAUGCUAAAUUUAAAUAUCCAAAUAAUCCUAUUAGAUGCGUUAAUAAUAAAUGGGUACUAAUUUAUGAAGUCAAUCAAAUUUUCAUUAGUGAGGAUGGGAUAAAUUAUUAUAUGUUUAGUAUGAUGUCAUCAGAUUUGAAAAUUGAUUAUACAAGUGAGUGGUAUUACAUUAACAACAUGUAUUUUAUCCUACAAAAUGAUAAAAUUUAUAGAUCAUCUUCAAUACCACAAGGUCAAUUUGAACAAAUUUUUCAAGCUGAUGGACACAUUGAAGCUUUAUGUUAUGGAUCAAAUGUUUAUGUUCUCGUUUCAGGUGAAAUGGUGUAUUCAUAUCCUGUAAGUUAUAACAGACAUAUUUAUUUAUCACAGGAUUUAUCAAAUUGGGAAUUGGUUUAUUCAUUCACUCCAAAACUUACUCGAAAUUAUAGAUUUACAAAUUUAUUUUAUAUUGAUGGGUAUUUCAUUGCUUUAGGAUGUGGUGAUUUAGUAAAUAUCAGUAGUGAUGGAAGAAACUGGUCUGAAAUCACAAAAUUUCAAGAUGUUAGAAAAGCAAUUUUCAAAAAUAAUACGUUAAUAUUGAUAACAAGACCAGUUUUAAUUUCUUACCCAAAUUCAAUAUUAUAUAAUAAAUUCAAUAUUCAUAAUGGAUUAAAUACAAUUCUUGAGAUGAUUUACCCCAUUGGUUCUAUUUAUACGUCAAUGAAUUCAACAAAUCCAGAAACAGUUUUAGGUUUUGGUACUUGGGAACAGAUUGUAGACAGGUUUUUGUAUUGUGCAAACUCUUCAAAGCAAACAGGGGGUUCGAAGAAAAUUACUGAAGCAAACCUUCCACCGCACACUCAUACAGGAACUACAAACACAACAGGUAGUCAUUCACAUUCAAUAACAAAAAGAGGUUAUACAAAUCUUGCAGCAGGUUCGGAUAGACAGGGAAUGCAUAGAUAUGAUAUUUCAAGUGACCCAGUAGAUUCAAGCGCAGGUAUUUUCUGUGGAACCGCAGGAAAUCAUUCACACACUUUCACAACAAAUCCAACAGGCUUGGGUGAAGAUUAUAUGCCACCAUUUAUGACUGUAUUCGCAUGGUACCGCAUUUAUUGA